CUCCAUUCCUGAUGACUUCUCUGAUCUCCGUUCUCUUGUGAAGACUUACUGGAAGACCUGCAGGCUUUCUACACCUCCCACACAAUGACAAAGAAACUAUCGAGAUGGCUGAUGUGACUGAACUCCAUCAAGCAGCAGCACUUGGGGAUUACGACUUGGUGUCCGAGAUCCUGAGGAAGGAACUUUACGACCCGAAUUAUAAGGACAUCGACUGGAACGACCGGACCGCAUUGCACUGGGCCGCGGCAAAAGGCCAGUCGGAUACGGUGAAACUAUUAAUAGAUUAUGGGGCUCGGCCUUGUCUCAGGACCGACACGGGAUGGACUCCGGCACACUUUGCAGCAGAGUCAGGAAAGCUGAGUGUUCUCCGUACUCUCCAUUCCCUGCACGCUCCCAUUGACACUACAGACCUACAUGGCGACUCCCCUCGCAGAACUGCGGAGAUAUACGGUCAUAGGGACUGUGUGAAGUUCCUGGAGACAGCUGAGGUGGAAUGCAGAGACUAUCGCCUGGGAGCAGAGCUGGAAGGAAACCCCUUGGAUGAACUGGAUGAGGACUGGGAGGCGAAGAAACUUGAACUUUUAGCCUCACGCAAAAACAUGAAAAAUUGUAAAACUAAGUCAGAAAAAUAUUCCAACCAGCGUCUCUAUUCCCAAAAGUCUUGCCUAACACAGACCAAAAAUAAAUAA